GUUUUAUUUUACGCGGAGAAAACUUUUCUAUUUAUAUUUAUACAAACCAAUUGGAAAUUUAAAAAACAUUAGUAAAACAAUGGCCCAACCACAACCACCAGCGUAUGAAAACAAAAAUGUGUAUGCAACGCUGCCGCGCACUCAACGUGGCCAACCCAUUGUGCUGGGCGCGGAUCCCAAGGGCAAGAAUUUCCUGUAUACCAAUGGUAACUCAGUGAUCAUCAGAAAUAUUGAGAAUCCAGCAAUUGCCGAUGUCUACACGGAACAUUCGUGUGCAGUGAACGUGGCCAAGUACUCGCCUAGUGGCUUCUACAUUGCAUCCGGCGAUAUCUCUGGAAAGAUUCGCAUUUGGGACACAGUCAAUAAGGAGCAUUUGCUUAAAAACGAGUUUCAGCCAUUUGCUGGCAAUGUCAAGGACAUUAGCUGGUCUCCGGAUAAUCAACGCAUUGUUGCUGUCGGGGAGGGACGUGAGCGUUUUGGUCAUGUCUUCAUGACCGAAACAGGCACAUCUGUGGGUGAAAUUAGCGGUCAAUCCAAACCUCUUAAUUCUGCGGACUUCAGACCCGCCAGACCCUUCCGCAUUGUAACUGGCAGCGAAGAUAACACGAUUGCCAUCUUUGAGGGCCCACCGUUCAAGUUUAAAAUGACCAAGCAGGAACAUUCGCGUUUUGUGCAGGCUGUGCGUUACUCACCCGAUGGUAAAUACUUUGCCUCCGCCGGCUUUGAUGGCAAGGUGUUCCUAUACGAUGGCGCCAGUUCGGACUUGGUGGGUGAGUUCGGUUCCCCCGCACAUAAGGGUGGUGUUUAUGCACUCGCCUGGAAGCCAGACAACACACAGCUUUUGACCUGUUCGGGUGACAAGACUUGUCGCCUGUGGCAAGUUGAUACACGAGAGCUAAUCAGUGAAUUCAUCAUGGGCACCACUGUGGAUGAUCAACAGGUGUCUUGUUUGUGGCAGGGAGAGCAUUUGAUAACUGUUUCACUAUCUGGCGUUAUUACCUAUUUGAAUGUGGCCGAUCCCAGCAAGCCCUUGCGCGUGGUCAAGGGCCAUAACAAGCCCAUAACAGUGCUUGGUCUGAGCGAUGAUCGCAGCACCAUUUACACUGGCAGUCAUGACGGCGUAGUAACUAACUGGAAUUCAGGCAGUGGCGUCAAUGAUCGCAUUUCCGGCACCGGCCAUGGUAAUCAAAUUAAUGGAAUUGCCGCCUGGGACGAUUUUGUCUAUACCUGCGGCAUUGAUGAUAGCCUGCGUCAGUUCAGCGUCGAGGGCAACUGUUACACGGAUUAUGUGGUCAAGCUUAACUGCCAGCCACGCGGCUUGGCUAUCAUACGCAGCGAAAAUAUCAUAGCAUUAGCCUGCAUUAAUGAGUUGACCUUGGUGCAGGGCCAGAAGAAGGUUUUCUCACUGCCCAUUAAGUACGAAGCGAGCUCCGUUGCAGCCAACGUGGAUACUUUGGAUGUUGCUAUAGGCGGUGAUGAUCAGAAGCUGCACAUCUAUACGCUCAAAGGCUCAACUCUAGAGCUGAAGAAGGAAAUUGAUCACUUGGGUCCUGUGACUGAUGUGGCAUAUUCUCCAGAUCAGAAAUACUUGGUUGCCUGCGAUGGACACCGCAAGGUGGUGUGCUACUCAGUGGAGGAAUACCAGCUGGCACAUAACAAGGAAUGGGGCUUCCAUAAUGCACGCGUGAACACUGUGGCCUGGUCACCCAACUCGCUGCUGGUUGCCAGCGGUUCCUUAGAUACCUCUAUUAUUAUUUGGUCCUUGACCAAUCCCGGCAAGCACACCAUUAUCAAAAAUGCGCAUCCACAAUCGCAAAUUACGCGACUGGUUUGGCUGGACAACAACACUGUGAUCUCUACUGGUCAAGAUUGCAAUACUAAGGUCUGGCAUGUGGAAACCAUUUAAAAAAGUGCUCUCCAAAACCUAAAGCAACAAUCACAACGAGCAAACUAUGCGCAGCCAGCGUCUAUUUUUAUAAUUAAUCAAAGAGAAGGAGCCAUGAAAAAAAGUCGUAUGCGUUGAUUAGACGUAUACUUCUAUGUAAUUGCCAAUCUGCUAUCAUAUGCUGCUUCAUUUAACCUUUAGCUAUUUAUGUUAUGCGCUCAUUAUUGUCCCCCUCAAUCCCCUUUUUUAGUUUAAGCUCAAAGUGUUUCGCUAAUCAUAUCAUGGAUAUACUACCAAGUAUCUUAAUCUUUUGCUUUAGUUUACAAUUCAAUUGCGGGUAACGCAUACCCAUUCACUAUUCAUCAUGCUUGUAUGGUUCUUUUGAAAGGAAAAAGUUUAUUUUUACUUUGUACAACUGAACUACAGCUUAAACAUGCAUAUGUAUAAAAAGCGCCUGCGUACGUAAAUUAUUUGUAUUAUGAAAAUAAAAUAAACUAG